CCCUGCGCGCGCCCCGGCCGCCCGCCGCCUCCGCCCCGCGCCCCUGAACCGCCGCCGCCGCCGCCGCCGCUGCCGCCGCCGCCGCCGCCGCCGCCGCCGCGGGUCCGAGGGCGCCGCGCCCUUGCCCUGGGCCCGGCCGUGCCCGCCGCCGCCCGGCCGCGUCCCCGCUGCCGCGCCGCCCGGCCGGGUGCAUGCAUUGUGGGCCUCCCGACAUGGUCUGCGAGACGAAGAUCGUGGCCGCCGAGGACCAUGAGGCGCUGCCGGGGGCCAAGAAGGACACGCUGCUCGCCGCCGCCGGCGCCAUGUGGCCCCCGCUGCCCGCCGCGCCCGGGCCGGCCGCCGCGCCCCCCGCGCCCCCACCUGCCCCGGUGGCUCAGCCUCACGGCGGGGCGGGGGGCGCGGGGCCGCCGGGGGGGCGCGGCGUGUGCAUCCGCGAGUUCCGUGCGGCCGAGCAGGAGGCGGCGCGCCGCAUCUUCUACGACGGCAUCAUGGAGCGCAUCCCUAACACGGCCUUCCGCGGCCUGCGGCAGCACCCGCGCGCGCAGCUGCUCUACGCCCUGCUGGCGGCGCUGUGCUUCGCCGUGAGCCGCUCGCUGCUGCUGACGUGCCUGGUGCCGGCCGCGCUGCUGGGCCUGCGCUAUUACUACAGCCGCAAGGUGAUCCGCGCCUACCUGGAGUGCGCGCUGCACACGGACAUGGCGGACAUCGAGCAGUACUACAUGAAGCCGCCUGGCUCCUGCUUCUGGGUGGCCGUGCUGGAUGGCAACGUGGUGGGCAUUGUGGCCGCGCGGGCCCAUGAGGAGGACAACACGGUGGAGCUGCUGCGGAUGUCUGUGGACUCACGUUUCCGAGGCAAGGGCAUCGCCAAGGCGCUGGGCCGGAAGGUGCUGGAGUUCGCCGUGGUGCACAACUACUCCGCGGUGGUGCUGGGCACGACGGCCGUCAAGGUGGCCGCCCACAAGCUCUACGAGUCGCUGGGCUUCAGACACAUGGGCGCCAGUGACCACUACGUGCUGCCUGGCAUGACCCUCUCGCUGGCUGAGCGCCUCUUCUUCCAGGUCCGCUACCACCGCUACCGCCUGCAGCUGCGCGAGGAGUGACCGCCACCGCUCACCCGCCCGCCCCUCCCCCGGCCGCCCUGUCCGCCUUGCCCGCCUGCCCGCCGCCCAGCGCGGCCCGCUUUCCGACGCUGACUUGGCGUUUGUGUUGGGUUUCCCCUUUUCAACAUCCUGCGGUUGUCUGGCUGGUUCCCGGGGGGUGCAGGGCUGUUGCUCUUCGGCGACACUUUGGUGGGGGUGGGUUGUUUGUCGCCACAGCCCCUCGCCCUUCCCCACCUGCCCGGGCGGCUUGCCACCUGAAGAGUGGCAUCUUGGACCACCGCGGCUGUCCACGACGCUGCCCUGCCCGCCGCCACAGGGGAAGGCCCAGCCUUGCUCACCAAGCACAGAACCUCUGCAACAGAGCCCGGGGCCAGGCUCCGGCCCCGCCUGCGGCCCCAGCGCCACUGCCCGUGGAGGCCCGAGCUGGCCACGGCGCUGCUUUGCUCCGCGCAUGCCGAGGGUGUGGCCCGGCCGAGCAUGCCGCAUGCACACAGCCCCGCCCUGCCGCCCUGCCCAGACUGGACCCGGAGACCCGGGCUGGUGAGCGCCCCUGUCCCCGGCCCCGAGCUGGCCAUGGGAGGGCCUGUCCCUGCCCCUGCCCCCACCCCCUGGAGGGCCUGGUCUGCCCUGCGCCGCCCAGCUCUGUCCACGCCUGCUUUGCUCUGACGUCCUCGUUUUCUCUGGCUCCGCCUCCUCCCCUGCCUGGACUGGGCUGACUGGUGUCAUCACCCAGGUGGCUCCCAUGGCGUCCGUGGCACAGCCGGGGUGGGGGUCCAUGGGACCUCUCCCCCCAGUGCCCACUGGUUCGCGGUGGCCUCUCCCAGACGUCCCCGGGGUCCUCCUGCCUCUGGCUGACGGUCCACCCUGUGAAUCUUACCAGCCCAGGCUGCUGCCAACAGUGCCCAGCCUACAGCUUCUCCCAGCCUGAAACCAACCCAUUUUCUAAUAAGUUAUUUAGACAGAAUAGCACUCUGCAUGACUUUAAUUCUUGGGACAAAACGGUAGUUUGUACCCUAAGACACAGUUUCUGGCCCAGUGUGAUGGGGGUGGGUGGCCGGGUGGGUGGAGCAUUUUGCUGUUGGAACCCUGGAGGGAAACCCUGAUUGGGUGUCAUUUCCCGCCAUGGAGCACGCCUCCCAGCCCCGGCCUGCAGGGUGGGCAGGGUGGGGGGCAAGGGAGUCCGCGGCCUCUGGGAGGAGGGGCAGGGUGCUGCCUUGGGCUGGGUGGGAAGAGGGGUGGCCGCCUUGGCUCCCGCUGGCCAUGCUCCUGGUCUCUCCUUCCUGAGGUCACAGGCAGGGGCUGCCCUGGACGGGGGCGGGUGGGUGGCCUGGAAGGGGAGACAGAGGCGGAGGGUGGCACAGGCUGCACAUUCAGCCUAGAGGUGCACCUGGCUUUGGUGGCAGGAGAAGAAUAAACACUUGCCCAGAUCCCUUUGUGUGGGGAAUUGGGGAGGGGUCGUGGCAGGCAGGGUGGGCCAUGGAACUGGGUCCCAGGCACCAAGGCCACGUGCAGGGCCAUGGAGGGAUGGUCCUCACGAGGCGCUUCAGAAGCGAGCAAGGGGACGGAGAAGCCCUGCGUCCAAGGGCCUUUUGUCCUAUUAGCAAUUGAGGUGUGCAGAGCACUGUACAAACCCCACUCCCCUGUACAUUCCUCCCUGGAGGUGCCCGGACCCCGCUCGGGGAUGAGAGUUUUGUAGACUGUACAGAAAUCGGCACCCUAUUUUCUUGCAGCUCAGAUUUUGUUAAUCUGGAAUAUACAGACAGACGUAAAGUGUUUUAGCAAAAUGGAAACAAACAGUUGUGCCUUUUUCCUCUUUUGGUUUGGUUUGGGUUUGGCGUGGGGCUGGUCCCAGUUGGUGCGGGGCAUGCUGGGGGCAGGAGGGGCAGGGUGGGCCAGGUGGAGUCAGGUCUUGGGGGUGUCGUGUUGGGGUGCCGCCAGCUUCCCUUGGUCCUGUGCCUUUGGAGCCUCGGGUUCCUGGGAUGCAGGGUGCUUGGGGGUGGCUGUUAGAGCCCACCGACGCCAGGGCGGGGCCUGGAGGCCCAGGGACUGCCAGUGUCCCCUUUAUACUGAUCCUAGCAGAUCCCCUUCCUGGGGGUUCUGAGAGUCCUGGGCAGUGUGGCCUUCUCCCAUUCUGGUGGCACCUGUGCCCAUGAGUGACCUCUUCCCUGGCUGCACUGCCCUGUGGGUGGUGGGACGCUUGGCCUUUCUUUGUUGCUGCCAGGACUUGGUAGAGAUGGCAGGAAGGGUGUGCGGGGUGGUUGUGUGCAGAACCCUGCCGCCCCUGCGGUGAGCGGAGUCACUGGUGUGCCUGCCAGGCUGGGGCGGAGCUGCCCGGAACCCUCGCCAGGCCAAUGUGUAGCUUGGUGGGGCCCUUGAAGGCCACUGGGCGACAGGUGUGUCCUCCCCCCCGGGCUGGAGGCCGGGUGCACUGGUGGGUGGGCCUGCCCUGGCCCGCCUCAUCCCUCCAGCCUAGGAUCUCACUGCUCUGCACAUGUGCACUGACGUGAAUUUUAUACGUUUGUAGAAACUCUGAUGUAACUUCUUCUACCUCUGAAGCGCCCUCCUGGGCCCUGCUGUCACGUGGCUGGUGCAGCUUCCCUGAGUGCUGGCCCCCUGCCCGCUCCCCAUGGGCACCCACCACUCAGACUUUGCGUGGUGAGGCCCGGGGAAAGCCAGGCUGGGGCCUGGCACUGCCCAAGGGCCUGGGGCUCCUGGGAUUUCUGUGUGUUUGGAAGCCUCUGUUUUGGAGUGGGGGACGUGGAAGGCAGGAGGGGCUGACAGUGCCCGGGGCCAGAGCUGGGCGAAGGAGGACAUGCAGUGCAGGCCUGACGAGAGGCACCGGGCAAGUGAGGGCUGAGGCGCCUCGGGAUGCCCCGCACUGCCCAGAGCCACGGGUCUUGCUGUGCCGGGGGUGGGGUGGCCCCGGGCAGCUGCCACUGCCCAGGUGUGAGUCGCUGCAGACCUGGCCCCUGAGAGUGGGAGGCCUGCUUGUGCUGAAGCUGCGGUCUGGCCCCCGGAAGGGCUCCUGAGCAUAGGGAGUUGAGCCCCACAGCCAUGGCGGCAUCUCCUCCUUCCUCCACCCCAUGCCCAGCCUUGCUUCCGGCUGGUGUCAUGCCUUGGGGCUGGGCAGCAGCUGAGAAGCUGCCCCCGGAGGGAGGGGCUGAGGGCUGGGUCAGUCUGGCCUGAGGGGUGGAUGGCUGGCCCUGGGGAAAAGCUGGGCCUGGGAGGCCCUGUGGACAGCAGGCCUGAGGCCACGAGGUCCUAGGGCCACCCCUCUCCUGCUCUGGGUGUCCUUCUCAAAGAUGGCAGAAGGCUGCAGGCCCUAGAGGGGACGGGCUGGGGACGCCCUGAGCUUCCUGGCUGUGUGGCAGGUGCUGAGGAAGCUCUGUGGGCCAUAAGGACCUGGCUCCCCUCUGAGAGGCCCGCAUGCCCCAGGGCACCUAGGGCUGUGCCUGUGGCCUGAGGCCAGGAACUUGGGUUCCUGGGCUCUGCUGGCGCCUGGGCUUUGUGGGGGCCAAAGGUGGUUGCCCCGCUAGGCAGCGGGCCGUGUGGGCCCUCGUGGGGCCACCUUCCUGUCAGUGCCCGAGGGAUGGUGGGACAGUUGCCCCUGCGCCGAGGGAGCCCACUGCCAUCCCCCAUGGGCUGGCACUGCAGCCGCGCACCCUGUAUUGCCUGCUGACUUGCUUGUGUCUGUUUGGAAGCUGCUUCUGUUUGGCCACAGGCCUGUGUUCCCGGGCUGAUGGCCACAGAGCUGACACUUGGGGUUUGAGUUCCAGACUUGGCAGACCCUGGGAUCCACUUACUCCUCGGCGCCACGGCUGCUGUGCUUCCAGAGGUGGCACGAUGCCUCCCGGGGCCACAGCGGGGUGAAGGAGGGCGAGCCGGACAUACCAUUGUUGGAUGUAUUUUUUUUAAAACAGCAAUAAUUAGCCAUUUUAAAGGAGGGGUGUAGCUGUGUGUGUGCAUGUGCACAUGUUUGAGCAUGUGUGUGUGUGCAAGUGGGUUCUUGGAUAUGUGUAGUGUGAGCAUGUGUGCAUGUGGGAGCGUGUGCAUGUGUGAGCGUGUGCACGUGUGAGUGCAUGUUGUAGGUGCAUAAGCAUGUACACGUGUGAGCAUACAUGUGCAUGUGAGUACAUGUGUGUACAGGUGUACAUGUGCAUUUAUUGUGUACAUGCGUGAGCACGUGUAUGGAUGUAGGUGUGUGUGCACAUGUGUGAGUGUAUAUGUGUUUGUGUCUUGGGUAUGCAUAAGCAUGCACGUGUAUAUGAAUGUCCAUGUGUAUGCAUGAGCACGUAUGCAUGUGUGAUGCACAUGUUCUUGUGUACUUCUCUGGGGGCACAUAUGUAUGAAUGUAUGAGUGCAUACGUAUGCAUAUGGUGUACGUGUGUGUAUUUGUGUGUGUGUGUGGGCAUGUAUGUGUAUGAGUACUUGUCUGUGGCUGGUGUAUGGGUGAGCAUGCACAGGUGUAUGGAUGUAUAUGUGAGCUGUACAUGUAGAGUGUACAUGUGUGUUGCAUGAGCAUGCAUGUGUGUGAGUGCCUGUGUGUGUACUUGCAUAUAUGUGGCAGUGCAGGUACCCGGCGGUGGUGGGCUGGCAGUGCCUGGGGAAGCAGAUCCUGCCCACGGCUUCCCUGCUGGGCCCCCGGCCCCGGCCCGAGCCUCCCUGGCCCCUCUUGCCCCUCAGUGGGGCAGGGCCUGGGUGGAGGGCCUGGGCAGCUCCAGGGCAGGUCCAGGGAGGCCAGGCUUGGGGAGCACAGGGGGUGGGGUUCACCUGCUGCUGUUUGUUCCCGAAACUGUACUGUGAGCCCACAGCGGGGGCAGAUUGUUCUGAGGCCCUAGAUGUGCCAAAACAGCCCCCAGAGUGGGGGCGAGCGAGUUCUGAGGACAGGGGCUGCGGGGGCCUGGGGUGGGUGUGCGCCCCUCCCCUGAAUGGCCCCCAAUGCUGCUGUUUUUCAAUAAAACCAGAGUUGAAGGCA